CGCUAAAUUAAACGGGGGUAUGGCAAUGAAAUGGACUGCAGGUACCCGAUAUUUCGACGGGGUUUUAUGGUUGGUAUCGUUUAAACAAGGUGUUAUCAAUCCCUAUCGCACUGUCAUAUUGUUCAAGACUGGGCGUGAAAAAAACACGCGCGAACUUGCGGUGCAUUUUGAUACUCCAUCCACAAUUUUCAGCGGCUAUCAAAAAUAUCGAGACUAAAAGUUCACGUACAGCACCAGGCAUAGAUCCCAUCCACAACCAUGUCCCAAAGAUUAGGUAAAACUGGCUUGGCAUUUUCCAGAAUCUGGCACCACGUCGAUGUCUCCGCGGACGAGAGAACUUUGGGUCGUUUGGCAUCCAGCAUCGCCAUCACCUUGAUCGGCAAGCACAAGCCAGUGUUCGAUAAGUCACACGACUGUGGAGACUAUGUCGUGGUCUCCAAUGCCGCUCACUUGAAUGUGACCGGGAACAAGCUCAAGCAGAAAAACUACUGGGCCCAUAGUGGGAAGCCAGGUAACUUGAAGUUGGUUCCGAUGGAGAGAAUGGUGCAAAACAAGGGUUUCGGUGAGGUCCUAAGAAAGGCGGUCAGCGGGAUGUUGCCAAAGAACAGAUUAAGAGACAAGAGAUUGGCCAGAUUGAGAGUUUUCGAAGGUUCCGACCACCCGUACAAGCAGAACUUGAUUGCCUUCCACGAUGAGCAACCAUUGGUUAGAGAAAAGUUGCAGAAGUUGGAAGACAAGAAGAACAGAGUCGAGGUCGAAGCUUAGUCGACAAGUAUUACCUUUAAAGCAGCGGUGGCCGCCAGCAGCAGCUGUACUCAUCCACUGGCGUUGUACAUAACCUAUAAAUAUUUGAUCAGUAUCGGUGUAGCGCGACAAUGAAUCAAUGUAAUAAAAAGUCAUUGUCGCUUAUAUUAUUCAUAAGACUGUAUAAAUAUAGAUAUAAC